AUGGAACUCCGGUGUGUUGUGACAGUACUCCUGGGCCUCUUUGGAGUGCAGGCUCUUCUGUGGCCCGACCAACAUCCGUUGGAGGAGCACCUGGCUACCAAGACAUCCGCUACUCUUCAAAAGAUCUUCACCAAUGCAUUUGCGGCUUACAAUCUUAGUGUGUUUAUUAGCACUGCUUACGAACAAAUGGACAGGGAUCAGGUGGCUCUGGUGCAUCGAGUGUUGUACCGAAGUCUGUAUGCCCCGGGUUCCCCAGUGCCCGUUAUCCUCGCCUCCCAGUUGAGCCCUAAGAUGGCCACCCAAGUGCUCAGCCAGUUGCUGUUCGUCCAGAACGCCGAGCAGGCCAUAGCCAUUGCUGACAACGUGCCGAGCAACAACCUGUGCGUCAUCGUAUUGCUGUCCUGCGAACCGUAUUUGGAGCAACGUUCUAUGAUGUCCAAGAUAUUUGGGUAUUUCCUGCUGGAGCGCUACAACGUCAAUGUGAUGAUCCUGGUGCCCAGUUUGCAGAAAGUCCGCGCAUUUAAUGUGCAGCCGUACACUCCCACCAGUUGUUUGAGCACUGAGCCCGUGGAACUCGACCUGAAGGAGGCCGAUUUGUGGGACAUCUUUCCGGCUCGAUUGAAGAACCUGCAUGGCUGUCCAUUGAGCGUUAUCGUCUGGGAUAUACCGCCCUACAUGAAGGUUUUCUGGGACAGGAGCGAUCCAAUGGACAGGCUGGACGGCUUGGAUGGAAAGCUAAUGAGGAUCUUGGCCUACAAGAUGAACUUCACCCUGAAACUGAUUCCAAACGAACCAGCGGGUCUUCUGGGUGGUUCGAGUUUUCUAAAUGGCACGCUCACAGGGGCCUACAAAAUGCUCUUCGAGAGGAGGGCCAACAUGACCAUAGGCUGUGCUGCCUGCACACCGGAAAGGUCCACCUACUUGGCCGCCACGAGUCCCUACAGUCAGAUGGGAUACAUAAUAGUGAUGCGGGUGAGGAGUGGCUAUAGCAUCUAUGAAGUGAUGCUGUUCCCCUUUGAAGGGUACACCUGGUUGAUGCUUGCCUUGGUCCUUGGCCUCCACAGGAUCGUGAGAAGAUGGUGGCGAAUGCCUUCUCCUGUUUUGGCCGGUUGGAUGCUCUGGAUCUUUGUCAUUCGGGCCAGCUAUGAGGCAUCUGUGUUUAACUUUAUACACAGCGCCCCAUUGAAGCCCGCCCCGCAAACGUUGGAACAAGCCCUGAGAGAUGGCUUCCGGUUCAUCACCGAUCACGCCACCUAUCGGAUGACCUUGAAACUGUCUGCUUUUCGGGGGAAGACUACCAUCUCUGCUGGACAACCCGUGGAUGUUUUCCAUGCCCUGCUGAAUGCUUCCUCGAAAACGGGCGCCUUCACUAGUCUCUCCUUUCUGGCCGAUCACUUGGUCAAAUAUCGAAGUCAUCGCAAUAAAUUGGUGAUUUUGGCCGAAAAGAUCGUCGACAAUAUGCUUUGCAUGUACUUCCCGCACGGUUCCUAUUUCGCCUGGGAGAUCAACAAUCUGCUCUUUAAUCUACGCAGCUUUGGCAUUUUCCAGCACCAUUCGCAGAUCCUCGCCUGGAACAGCAUGCCCACCACCUCGGAUGCUCCGGGCAAUCUGUUGCAUUCCAUCCAUGAGACUGCCGCCACGGGAUUUGCCGAGUCCAUGGGCUUCGUCCUGGCUGCCCUGAACUGUCUAAUGGGAGCCCUUUGCGUUUCCAUUGGCGUCUUUGGACUGGAGCUGCUCAGCCGAAGGCUACGCUGGCCGGGAUUGGCCUGGCUCAUGGAGAGAGUUUGA